AUGCCCCGAAGGCUCCAGGCUUCUGGCAAGAAAUUAAAGAACAACAAACAGACACUGCUGCAGAAGACAUUAAUAAAAAAAGAAGGAACUGAACGGCCAGCAUAAGUCAUGAAAGGUGGUUCUGUGCUCUUAACAUGCUGUUUUUCACAUUACAGCUUCGUAUAUCCCACAAAAAAUGGUUGAACACUCACACUGGGUGCCACUGCUAAGGGCAGAUGAAAGCGGAGCAGCUGCCUGCUGGACGUUACGCAGCUGUGCUCAAUGUUCCCUGAGUGGGAGAAGGAGAUGCAGAAGCCUCAAAGUUACAGCACUAAGACUUUAGGAAGAUGCAGUUUUGCACAGAGGUGGUGUUUCCUGCAGGAGGGAAGACGAGAUAACAGGUGAACAUGUGUUGCAGUCUCCCAGCAGAGUGAGAUGGAAAUCUGUAUGAAAAGGCACAGAGCCCUCAUCCCAUCCCUCCUGGGGCACAGCACUGUGGUCCUGCACUACAGCACUGUGCUGUGACCUUUAGAGGGGUUUGGUGGGCAAGAUGUGAUGGUCUUUGUGCUCAGCAGGACGGGACAGAGAGGAUCGUGGAUGAUUGCAGGUGAGGACACUGAUUUGCUCUGCAGCUCAGCAGAGUUUACCACCACCCAAAGUGUUUGCAUUGGAAGGAGCACAGCAGGGGAGUAUGGUGCAACAAAUGAGCUCCCUAGCACUAUGUGAGAACAGCAAAUAGCUAAGGCAACAAUGUUAAUUGACGAAACGUUUUUGAUGCACUGCCACAAGAAUUAAUGGAAAAUAACGAACUGUUUUGAUACGUUUGUAAUCGCAGUACCGGAGCCAUCCUUGAGAUGGUGCCAGUGACACAGUGCUGCUAUGGAGAGGGGACCCGAAAAAGGAACGCGCUAAUUAUAACCCUGCGCUUUUCAUUUUUAACAGUUUUGUGUUUGUUUUUUUCCCCCCACGUAAUUGUUUGGAACAAGUCUCUCAAGCUGGCAGCCGCUCGCAGCACCGCGCUGCCGCUGUACUGUUAACUCUUCUUCCUCGUCCCCGCUCUGCUUCUCCCCCUUUCUUUGUCACACCAAACUACAGCGCUGUUUCGUUGACCUGCGAUCCACGGCCCUUUAGAAACAAAAUGUAAAGUUGAGAAGGGAAGAAAUGCCGCUUUAGUGGGGUGGGUUUGGUGGUGGGGUGAGCGGCAGCCCGGCGUGGAUGCACCACAACACUUCCUAAAGGGUUUGUGCUCAAACUGAACUUCUUACCAUCUCCUCGUUAAAAUGAUAUCAAUGCGUGGCAAUUACAUUCCUUCCGAGCUCUCUUAACGUGAUGAUAGACAUCUCUGUCCCUUCUUUCUCCACCUGCAAGCAGCACCUGGCCCCAUGUGUGCUCCCUGUUCCAGCUGUCACAGCACCGCUGAGCCGCUCCCCUCGCCCUCUGCCUCCAUUGGAUCACGUUCCUUCCAGCAGCUCAAGUGGAGCCACCCACCUCUAGGAGGAAAACCGAGCUGCAGCCCUGGUGAAACAUAAAGUUUAUUUCACUAAAGUGACGCAAAAAUUCUUAAAGAGCUCUUUGGCAGCAGAUUAUCUGCAAAUCAGACCAUGUGAGGGGGACUGGUGUACAAAAAGCUCCCCGAGGUGCUGCGCUGCACACAGGCUGCGUGCUGGGAUCUGCAGCAGAUGUGGGUGAAGGAGAGCUGUGAGGAAAGCACUGCACACCUGGGUGAAGGACAGAUGGUGUUCGUGCCUUCAGUCUGAUGGAUUUAAAUAUGGAAGGGAAAUUCUGAGAGCACUGGGAAUACACUGGAAAUAAAAGCGUGGGAAAAUAAGCUGAAGGGGGACUGUGUGCUGCUGCCUACUGCAACUGGGCAGGAGAAAUCUUGGAAAAAUGGAAAAAAAGGCAACAAGCAAUGAGACUCAGCCGCUGACUUCCAAGAAAGAUAUCUCAGAUUGUAAUGAAGGAGAAGAUUGUAAAGAGAACGGACUGCUGAUCAGGAACCCUAAAUCUGCCCUACGGCUCAUGGAGGAUGGGAAUAAAAUCCAUCCUGGCCAGGGAAAUAAGGAGGAGGCAGCUCAGAUCUCAAAUGGCUAUUCGGGAGUUCAGAGCUCCGUGCCUUGCAAUGGGAUGGGAGAAGUGGAGGAUGCACAGUGCACCAACCCAGCAGCCACAACCACCACCACCACCACGUCCACCACGUGUGGAGCAGAGGGCCAGCAGCAGCUGAUGGAGUUGGAAGACAGAGAGACCUGGAGUAAAAAAAUUGACUUUCUGCUCUCUGUCAUUGGAUAUGCAGUGGAUCUGGGAAACGUGUGGAGAUUUCCUUACAUAUGCUAUCAGAAUGGAGGAGGAGCAUUCCUCAUUCCUUACACAAUUAUGGCCAUCUUCGGUGGUAUUCCUCUCUUCUAUAUGGAAUUAGCAUUAGGACAGUACCACAGGAAUGGGUGUAUUUCAAUUUGGAGAAAAAUAUGUCCUAUAUUCAAAGGCAUUGGCUUUGCCAUCUGUGUAAUAGACCUCUAUGUAGCCUCCUACUACAACACCAUCAUGGCAUGGGUCUUCUACUACCUCGUGUCCUCCUUCACGACGGAGCUGCCAUGGACCAGCUGCAAUAAUGCAUGGAACACAGGCAACUGCACUGCCUACUUCAGCAAGGACAACGUCAGCUGGGCCCUGCACUCCAUCUCUCCUGCAGAAGAAUUUUAUACCCGCCAAGUUCUACAGGUGCAUAGGUCCAAUGGGCUGGAUGACCUGGGGGGCAUUAGCUGGCAAUUGACCCUCUGUUUAUUGUUAAUCUUCAUCAUUGUAUACUUCAGCAUCUGGAAAGGGGUCAAAACAUCCGGCAAGGUGGUGUGGGUGACAGCCACGUUCCCUUACGUCAUACUUUUUAUCCUGCUAGUGAGAGGGGCAACUCUGCCCGGUGCCUGGAGAGGUGUCCUCUACUACCUGAAACCUGAAUGGCAGAAGCUCCUGGCCACUGAGGUUUGGGUGGAUGCAGCAGCUCAGAUUUUUUUCUCCCUCGGCCCAGGUUUUGGGGUCCUGUUGGCUUAUGCCAGCUACAACAAAUUCCAUAACAACUGCUACCAAGAUGCCCUGGUUACCAGCACUGUGAACUGCCUGACCAGCUUCGUGUCCGGGUUUGUCAUUUUCACCGUGCUGGGGUACAUGGCUGAGAUGAGGAACGAAGAUGUGUCGGAGGUUGCCAAAGACAUGGGACCCAGUCUGCUCUUCAUUACCUACGCCGAAGCCAUUGCAAACAUGCCUGCCUCAACUUUCUUUGCCAUCAUAUUUUUCUUGAUGUUGCUCACGCUGGGAUUAGACAGCACGUUUGCAGGAUUAGAGGGAGUGAUUACUGGAGUACUGGAUGAAUUCCCACACGUCUGGAGCAAGCGCAGGGAAUUCUUUGUCCUUGGUCUGAUCAUCAUUUGCUUUCUGGGGUCAUUAGCAACCCUGACAUUUGGAGGCGCAUACGUGGUGAAGCUGUUUGAAGAAUAUGCCACAGGCCCAGCUGUGCUAACAGUGGUGUUCCUGGAAGCGGUGGCAGUGGCCUGGUUCUACGGCAUCACCCAGUUUUGCAAUGAUGUGAAAGAAAUGCUGGGCUUCACCCCAGGCUGGUACUGGCGAGUGUGCUGGGUGGCAAUCAGUCCCAUCUUCCUGCUGUUCGUCACUUGCAGCUUUCUGUCCAACCCCCCCGAGCUACGGCUUUUUGAUUACAACUAUCCCUACUGGACCACAGUAGUGGGCUACUGCAUAGGAACCUCUUCCAUCAUCUGUAUCCCAAUCUACAUGGUUUAUCGGUUGAUCAUCACACCUGGGACACUGAAGGAGCGUAUUCUGAAAAGCAUUACUCCAGAAACAGCCACAGAAAUCCCUUUUGGAGACAUCCGCAUGAAUGCAGUGUAAGCUAACCUGGUUUCUGGGGAGAGAGGGGAAGCACAGAAUCGAACUUUCCACCCAAGGAAUUAUGUUUCCAGCUGAGAUAACAACGGGAUGAGUUUUCUGUGGAGGUUCUGACAACAGACAUUUGGAAACAUGAUGCCUCCAGCACAUCUAUCCAAGCAAUUCAGUGAAACCUGCCAUGCACUUCUAACCAGACUGACCUGAGAACCAACUCAUUCUGGAAACACGAGGAUGUCUGUGUGUGUGAAGACAGCACUGCUCCAUGUGUGGGCACCAGGGCUGUUGCAGAAACCUCUCAACAGGAUGAGCAGCAGCGGUAGGAUUAGGUUUAGAAUCUCAAGUCUGUGGCAGUUCUCCUGUAUCUUCCUCAAUGUGAUCGUUCGUACUGGGCAAUGUUGUAUUUGCUUCUAAGGUUCUAAUUGCUUCAACUACAUUGAAAAAUACAAAAAUAUUUCCAAUAGCCAUAUAUUACUCAAGUAACACAGGGUUUUAUAAACUAAUUAGUAAGUUCUCCAACUCCUGGGUUUGUAGUGGAGUCGUCAGAGAAAGAGGCAGCAAUCUCAAGCAGCACUACACACAGCUCUGCACAAAUCAGCACGCACAUUUGGGAACAUUAUCCUCCUCAUUUCAUUUGUAGAUCGUAUGUUUCUAUUGUUUCUUGUUUAAUACUACAAAACCAGUCUUUGUAAUGUGGGCUUCAUAGUCAAGCAACAAAAAGGUUUCAUGGGUCAUCUGACAAGCACUGAAGCUGCUAGCACAGCUAAGCUACAUAUUCACAAAAUCCUUGUACUCACAGACCGUGCUUUUACACCCAAGGAAACUUUAUACCAAUAAUGAAUUACUUUGAGUUCAGAUGUCAAGAAGUGGACUCUCACAGAUUUGCUUUUCUUUGUUGACCUUUUAAAUUUCAGUUCCACAGCUAAGAUUGGCCAGAGCCUGUGGCUUUCUCUAUUGUUUCCUGGUACAGACCUCAAGUUUAGAGCAACCCUUUUGGCUGGCUGACAGAAGUAUGUUUACACAAACCUACUGCCAAGAUUUACUAGCUCCUAUUCUUAUAGGAAUACAUUUGGGUUUUCACCCUGAAGAAUAACAGUAGGGUUUUUUUUUUUCUUUAACAAGCAGUUGAGUUUAUCAGAAGAUUCUGGUCAGAACUGAUUGUAUUAGAUUUUGAAGCAGUGAUGACAUACAAACUAACUUCCAUGAAUGUACUAACCUUGCCAUAUUAUAUCUGUACAUAUGCCUCCAGCAGUCUACAGCUGCUCUGUAGACUGACCAUCACUGCCAAAUCACUUGGAGGACAGCAGUUUUGCUGUAGUUACGUGGGAAUUUAGAUAAACCUGAGUAGUCAUCAUUUAUGUAAAGACAGUGCAUUUCCACUCUACCACAUAGAUUAUAAAAGUCUAAGAAAA